AUGAACUAUUUAGCACCGUUAUGCCAGGGUCGUAUAAAGCCUGAUGAUCUACCAGCCAUCAGUCCAAGAACAAUUUAUUUUUUCGUUUGUUCAGCCUAUACAGAUUUCACUUUAGAAAGACGAUGUUUACAAGAGAGUACUUAUCGUGAAAUACGCAAAUAUUCACAAGAAACUUAUGGACUUGAUGUCUGCUUCAUUGAUCCAAGACCGCUGGAAGAUAAUCUGCUGCCGUUAGAACAAGUUCAAUAUGCAGAGUUAUUUAAAAAACUUAGUCAUCAAUACUGUCAUAAUGACUUGAACUGCUGUCCAAUUAUAUUACUUGGGCAGAAGUGUGGUUUGCCUCUCUUACCGAAAAGGAUUCCUUCCAGCGUUUAUGAAUGUAUUACAAAUCGUAUGAAACAGAAGGCCUCCAACCCAUACUGUACCAUCCUCCAAUAUACUGACUUAACAGAAUGGUAUCAUUUAAACUGCAAUGUAGUUGGUGAGCCUGAAUGGUGUUUAAAUCCGAUGAAAUGCCUUGAUAAUACACUGGAAAAUGAACCUUAUGAGAAUCGGAAGAAGAUUAUUGAAGAAUGGAAUCAAGAACGGGAUUUUAUAGCCUGGAUUUUUCAUUAUGUCGGGAAUCUCUGUUUACGUGAGAAUCUGAUAACGGAAGAAGAGUUUAAUAUGUUAAUUUUAACAGAAUUCUCAUCGACACUGUCUUCCUUGAUUAAAUCAACUGAUGCAAAUUAUGAAACACGCAUGAAUCACCAGUUGCAAACAGAAUUUCAAAAGAUCCCAAUAAACACCGACUGGAUAUUUUCAGAUCCAUUAGUGUUGCAUCGAGAAAUUAUCGAUAUCCAACACUUUGUCCAGAAUGAACCGAAUGUCGGAAAAUUCAUUGAUAUUGCACCAAAAUUAGUAUCUGAUUCUAGUGCAAGAUCAGUAAAUGGUAUGAAUUACAAGGCCUUAAAAUGUCAGCCUGUAGUAGAUCAGCUACUGCAGGAUAAUUUGCAAACAUUAGUGAAACAGCUAAUUCAAAAAAUCAAUUACGGUAAUGCAGCAUAUGAAGAUCGGGCAAUGAAAGUACUGUGGAGAUCACCUAAUGGCAUUGAUCAAAAGUUUCAUUCUGAUUAUCUCAAUGAGUUUCUGGUGCGUGUCAAGAAACUUGCAUGUGAAGCAAUUGACAGAAGGGCGAGUACCAAAACAGCCUUGAUGUUGCCCAAUUUAUCCGUUGGUCUCUUGGAGUCGCAUAGCGAGGAAGUAGAUAUGCAUACUCCAGAUGCAGAUGAAAAUUCAAACAGCCGAAACAAUGUGUCUGUACCAACAAUUAUCUUGCCGCAAUUACAGAACAGACACACUUAUGUAGCGAGAGAAUUUCAAAAGCGUAUCAGAUUGUGGGAUAACAGUGUAUGCUUACCUGAAGCGCUUUUAGCCAAAAUACAAUCUCCAAAGUUUGACUGUGCUACUGUAUACGAAAAAAAACUGCCCAUAUCAGACAAUAAUUUGAACAGUCAAUGUAAACCGAGGCAGCAAAAGCGCCUAAAGCACUAA